AUGUACGCCGUCUCUAUUUCUUUAGGCGCCUGCAGCGCCUUUGUGGGGGUGACGUACCAAACAGGCACCGGCCCCUCGGCGUCGGUCAGCGUCGUGGCGAACGCGGCCGGCCGCCGCCGCACCCCCACCGUGGCCGCCCUGGCCGGGGAGUGGCUCUUCGGGGAUAACGCCCUGCAGGUCUACCCCCGAAACCCCCACAGGGUCGUCCCGUAUGUAUUCCUUUACGCUGCGGCCGCCGCGGCCCUCCGCGGGGCCUCGCACCCUCCCGACGCCGAGAUGGAAAACGCCGCGCGGUUGCUGUUGCGGUCGGUUGAAGGGGCAUCGCGGGUAAAAUUCUUGGCCCACUGCCCCGUGCAGGAGGAGCACGAGGAGGCGCUGGCCUCAGGCGAAGGCCCUCGCCUUGGGUUUUAUUUCGAGAAGGAAAACGGCGAGGACGUCAUCAAGGAAUUCGUCUCAGCAGAGGACCUCUUUGUGGACUUUUUGAGCUAUAUUAAGGAGCACGUGAUUGACGGCGCGUGUGGGCUGGCCUCUGCCGGUGGGGAUCGUUCACGCAGUAUUUUUCUCACGCUCACUGUCCCCCGUGGGGCUUUUCCGGCCGCGGCCUCCGCGGCGAGCUCUCCCGACCGUGAGUGCUCGCUGAUGUGGCUCCGCAAGGCCGUUCGCGCCUCGACGCUGGGGGGCGUCUGCGGGCCCGUCUCGAUUCUCUUUAACGAUGAGUCAUCCUUGUUUGCAGUGGAAGGCGCCCUGACCUCGACCUCCCCCCAGGCGAACUUCCUUGUUGUCGACUGGGGGGCCCACGGCCUGGCCCUCGAUCACCUCCGCACGGCGGGGGGGCUGCGGGUGCGGCGGGGGGACCACGACAAAGAGGAGGAAGGGGAGGGGGGGGCCCACUUCUCCUCCUCCAUCACCCCCGGCCUCGCCCUGCCGCAGUGCUGCGCAGGGGAUUGGAUCGACGCCGCGAUGGCGGAUUGCGUGGCCGCGCAGUUUAUCCUGAAGAACAGCCGAAUGUUCCCCAUCCAGCUUACGGUGGCCCGUAAAGGAGUGCUGACGCGACGCUUAGCGAACUUCCUGGAUGUUCAAUGCGAUCAGCAGAGUGCGGCGACCAUUCUGGCAGAAUGCAUUCCAGCGCGUUCACUGAACCGUUUAAGGCUAGCUAUCGAGGAGCGGAAAGUGGUACUUAGUACAAAUCCAACUGCACACAGCUCGAGUGUCGAGGUGGAGGCAUUUUAUGAGGGUGUGGAUCUUCAAGACAACCAAACGCUAUCGAGGAAUAAGUUCGAAUCGGCGAUAGGUAGUAUCAAUUCUUUAGCGGGCGUGUUCAACGGCAUUCUUCAUGAAUUCACGGAACGUUUUGCGAAACAACUAAAGAAUUACCCCAUUAACUAUGUUCUCCUUACAGGAGGAAUGCACAAUAUCCCUGCAGUAGUGCAAAUGGUUCAAAAAGCAAUUCGCCAUCCUACUUCACCCUCCGUUUCUGCAUAUUUUGAUCUCCCGGCACUUCGGUUUCUUGACAAUUCUGUUCUUGGGAAUGGUAUCGGUGCCGAUGAGCUUGCGGCUGUCGGUGCUUGUUUUAACAGUUCCCAAAUUGCCCUCCUUGAUCUUCAGAAAGUUGAUGUCCGAAGAAAGCUUUCAAAGCGAAAUAAAAGGAAAAAAAAGAGCAAAGGAUUGGGCACCAUUGCACUUCAGGAGAGCGAAGAGUCUCUUUCCCGGAUAUGGUCGUCUCUAUCCUUAGAAGACGGAGGUGAGGCUGAAGACGACGACGACAACCAUGAACAUACACAUGUGAGGGUUCUCAAACACAAUGUCUAUGCGUUUGUUGGUGAAAACGCCGCUUUACGGUUUUCAAGCCUGACUUUACAGGGCAAGGAAACUGUAGAGCUGGGGACAAGUGAGCUAUCUUGUCUUUUUCCCUACGGCACUCCUCUGCCAUCCAGGGUGAUCAUAGGUCAUGAAGCUUCAGAAGAGUCUCUGAUUCUAUACCUCUUUUCUGACCUUUCUGAAGAAUUAAACUCAGGUGAUGAACACUUUACAAGUAUUCGGGUUCGACCAGUGUAUCUGAAGGGUGUUGUGAUUCCUCCUUUAGACGGGUCGAUCUCUAUCAUUUUGACAUUACGAUGCACCCAGGACGGAGAGGGUGAGGAGCGAGUUUCAUUGGUAGUGGCCACAACUCGGAAGGGCGUGGAUGAUCGCUCUACUCUCUUCACACCACACAACACAAACGAGUGUGCUGUAAUAUUGCUUUAUUAA